CAAUCCACAUUAUGAUGAGAAAGAGACACAAUCAACACGCGAAGGCACUCUCCUAUGUGAACCCCCAUUGGGACGAUGAGACUCUCUUCCAAGAGGCCAGACGACUAUUGAUCGCCGAGACAACGAAAAUACAUUACGGAGAGUAUAUGCCGUCGAUUUUGGGCGAAAAACUCAUGGAUUAUUUUGGUCUGAAUGUGAAACACGACGGUUACACACAAUACGACCCGCAUAUUGACCCCUCGACCCUCCAGUCUGUGGCUGUGGCCGCUCUACGUAUGGGUCACUCGCAGAUCUUCUCUCAAUUUAAUGUAUUAAACAAAAAUCCCCACAACUUUCACCAGCAGUCCUAUAGUUUCCUAUUGAGAAACAAAUUCUUUGAAAUGUCCGACAUUUGGUUGGGAAAUUCUCAGGGAAUACUUCGCGGUCUCAUCGAAGGCCAGUCCGAGAACAGCGUCGACCCAUUCAUUGUGACCGAUGUUAAGGACUUUUUGAACUUCAACCCGAGGACCACAACCAAUGGCAAAAUGGUUAUAACCCAACCCUCGGUCAUUGAUUUGUCGGCCAUUAACAUAAACCGCGGUCGAGAGCACGGCGUUCCCGGCUAUAUAUACCACUUGGAGUACUGUACGGGAGUGCCCAUUAAGUCGUGGUCCGAUUUGAAUCAAUUCAUGUCCGGUCCCCGAAUACAACGAUUGAAAGCUGUCUAUAGUGAUGUCGGAGAUAUCGAUCUGUUUGUGGGCGGUUUGUCUGAGAACAAGGCUUUUGGCUCAAUAUUAGGGCCCACUUUUGCCUGCCUUAAUGGCAUUCAAUUUCACCACUGGAAAUAUGGCGACCGAUUCUACUUCGAGCAUGGUGGACAAGCUGGAUCAUUCACGCCCAAGCAACUAAAUAACAUCCGUCAGACCUCAUCGUUGGCUAACCUGAUGUGUAAGACCAAUGACUUCGACGCGAUUCAAGUGAACCCGCAGUUCAACCCGUCUGAGCACAACCCGCGUGUGCCGUGUCAUGCAUUGGCAGAGAUUGAUUACGAACUCUGGAGAGAAACGUCUCAUUCAUAUCAAGACUAUAAGAAGAAGAAAUAAGAAUCACUUUUUUCUCUCCAUUAAACAAAUUAAUUGUUAUUUUUUAAAACUCAAAACUUAAUUGCAUUUUGAGAUGUAGUGGAAAAACUCACUAAACAUUCCUCAUUAUAGUGACAAAUGAC